AUGGAGCUUGGAGAGAUUGUUGUGGCCGAACGUCCCAGUGAGACGCAGCUGUACGCGGAGCAGAUGCCAAGAACCCAGGACCUGCUGGGGAGAAGCAGAAAUCAGAUCCACCAAGUUGUUGGGUAUCUCACAGGAGAAAUGAAAGAAUAUGGAGAGUGGAUGAAAAAUAAGCCCCUAAUGGUCCAGCUGGUGGACUGGCUCUUGCGAGGGACCUCUCAGGUGUUGUUUGUCAACAACCCCCUCAGUGGGCUGAUCAUCUUAGUGGGGAUCUUCGUCCAGAGCCCUUGGUGGACGCUCACGGGCUGUACUGGAAUAAUCGUGUCAACAUUAACUGCACUGGCCCUCAGUCAGGACAGAUCAGCCAUCGCAGCUGGGCUGCACGGCUAUAACGGGAUCUUGGUGGGACUGCUCAUGGCCGUCUUCUCUGACAAAGGGGAUUACUACUGGUGGCUUCUUCCUCCUGUGGCAGUUGUAUCAAUGUGCUGUCCAAUCCUGUACAGUGCUUUGGGAUCCAUCUUCAGUAAAUGGGACCUUCCUGUUUUCACUCUGCCCUUCAAUAUUGCGGUGACUUUGUACUUUGCAGCCACAGGACACUACAAUCCCUUCUUCCCUAUGACCCUCAUCAAGCCUGUAGUGUCAGUGCCCAACAUCACCUGGUCUGCAAUCAAUGUGCCACUGCUCUUGCAAUCCAUCCCAGUCGGUGUUGGUCAAGUAUAUGGUUGUGAAAACCCCUGGACUGGAGGCAUCAUCCUUGUUGCUUUACUUAUCUCCUCCCCACUUAUUUGUUUACAUGCAGCAAUUGGAUCGAUAGUGGGGAUGUUUGCAGCACUGAGCAUUGCAUCUCCAUUUGACGGCAUCUACCUUGGCUUACACAACUUUAACUGCGCAGUCGCCUGCAUUGCUAUUGGGGGCAUGUUCUAUGCCUUGACCUGGCAGACUCAUUUGCUGGCGCUUGCCUGUGCAUUAUUUUGUGCCUACUCUGGAGCAGCUAUUGCUAAUGCCCUGUCUGUGUUUGGGCUGCCACCCUGCACUUGGCCUUUCUGCAUCUCCGCACUGCUCUUUUUGCUGAUAAAUACAGACAACCCAGCUAUCUACAAAAUCCCCCUCUGCAAAGUCACCUACCCAGAAGCCAACCGGAUCUACUACCUGAGAAUGAAGAGAAGAGCAUCAGAGAGCAGGAGAGAAGAGCAGAAACCCUCCAGUGACUCAGAAAUAAGCCCAGGAGGCACCCUCCUGUACCCCCCCAAGAAACUAAUUCAGAAUGUUUCAAUACGGCUGAUCCAGUAUGCAAAGCUACAGAUGACCAGAAAAACAAGCAGCGUUGAGGCUCAGACUCCUGGUAUGAAGUGGAGAGCUUUGUUCCAGAGUCCCACAGCAAAGAAACAAAGUGGACCAUGCCAAGAGCCAGGCAGAACCGAUGUUCCCUCCUCCAGGUCAGACGCACACAACUGGGAGAGAGGAGAAGAUCUGAAGGUGUCUGAAGCUGAAGUCGAUCAUACAAGAGGAAUUCAGGCCAGCCAAGUGAAACGGCCAUUGUUGAUAAGAAAAGUGAUAGUGCCGCCUGGAAAAAGAGCAGGGAACACAAACCCAGACAAGGGGAACCAGCUAGAUGAAGGCACUUGGCUUUUCUUUGACCUAUAUUUACUCGGGUUUCAUGAGAGAUACUACUACUUGGUCUUUCUUGGAGUCUCAGAGACGUCUCCUAUGCUGGACACCAAGGUCACCUCUGCACUAAUGAAUGGAGUGGUGCAGGGUCAGAACAUCAACAUGGAAAACAAUGUUGAUGUCAAGAUAGAAACCAAGGGGGAAAGAAAGACAAUCAAGCAGAAUCCAGUGAGCAAAGCUGGGAAGAAAGUCUGCAGAGCUGUCGGGUACAUCACUGGAGACAUGAAGGAAUUUGGAGCCUGGCUAAAAGAUAAACCUCUCAUGAUCCAGUUUAUUGACUGGAUGCUGCGUGGGAUAUCCCAGGUGAUGUUUGUCAACAAUCCCCUCAGUGGGCUUGUCAUAGUUGCUGGCUUCCUGGUGCAGAACCCGUGGUGGACACUCACAGGCUGUUUAGGAACAGUUGUCUCAACUUUAACAGCACUUCUUCUGGGUCAGGACAGAUCAGCCAUAGCAGCGGGCCUGCAUGGCUAUAAUGGGGUCUUGGUGGGACUGCUCAUGGCCGUCUUCUCUGCUAAGGGAGACUAUCACUGGUGGCUUCUACUGCCGGUAGCACUGGUGUCCAUGAUGUGCCCUGUUUUCACCAGCGCUUUAGGCUCAGUCUUCUGUAAAUGGGAUCUGCCUGUUUUCACCUUGCCUUUCAACUUGGCCUUGACCCUUUAUCUGGCUGCAUCAGGACCCCAUAACCUCUUCUUCCCUACAACUGUCAUUCAGCCUGCAAUAGCAACACCAAACAUUACCUGGACGGAUGCUGAAAUGCCACUGCUUCUGCAAUCCAUUCCAGUCGGGGUGGGUCAGGUUUAUGGCUGCGAUAACCCCUGGACUGGGGGAAUUUUCCUGAUUGCUUUAUUUAUCUCUUCACCGCUCAUUUGUCUGCAUGCAACAAUUGGAUCGGCAGUGGGGAUGCUGGCAGGACUGAGCUUAGCAACACCUUUUAGCAAAAUCUGCUCCGGCUUGUGGGGCUACAACAGCUCCCUCUCGUGCGUUGCGAUUGGAGGCAUGUUCUACGCUUUCACCUGGCAGACACAUUUGCUGGCAGUUGCCUGUGCGCUCUUCAGUGCCUACCUGGGAGCAACAGUGACUAACAUGUUGUCUGUGUUUGGGGUGCCAUCAGGAACCUGGUCUUUUUGCUUGUCUGCGCUGACCUUCCUAUUAAUAACCACUAACAACUCUGCCAUCUACAAGCUGCCACUCUCCAAAGUCACCUAUCCAGAAGCCAACCGAGCUUAUUAUCUGAAGAUGAAGAAACACCAGAGGUCUUGCUGUGAGGUAUAAAGACCCAAGACAACAGAUACUGUGCAGAUUUUAAGGCAAGAGU